UAUUCUUUUGUCUCAUUUCCAUCUCAACAUUCAAACAUUACCAUAAAGGAAAACAUGAAGAAAACAACCUUAAACAUAGUUGUUUUACCUUAGCCAUGUUGUCACUCCCACCUAACACAAGUAUCACCACAGCAGCCUCCCCCAACAGCAGCCUGCAAACUUCAAAGCCCCCGACCUUGAAUCAGAUUCAUCACCACUUUCAAUCUGUCAGCACACGAUCCAACAAACGAAACUCCUUCUUCAUUCACAAUUGCAUUGCCAAUCACAAUCCCAUGGCGACGGCGAUCAAGGUGGCUGCGCUCUCCGGUUCCCUCCGCAAAGCCUCUUACAACACAGGCCUCAUCCGUUCUGCCAUUGAGCUGAGUAAAAGUGGUGCUGUUGAAGGAAUUCAAAUCGAUCAUGUUGAUAUUUCGCCGCUACCGUUGUUGAACACUGAUCUUAUUAGAGAAGGGGCUUACCCAGCUGAAGUUGAAGCUUUUCGUCAAAAGAUUAUUGGAGCUGAUAGCAUUCUCUUUGCUUCCCCUGAGAAUAAUUAUUCUGUUGCAGCUCCACUAAAGAAUGCCAUUGACUGGGCAUCUAUACAACCAAAUGUUUGGGCUGGUAAACCUGCUGCCAUUGUAAGUGCUGGAGGAGGCUUCGGUGGAGGAAGAUCACAAUAUCACCUCCGCCAAAUCGGGGUCUUCCUCGAUCUUCAUUUCAUCAAUAAACCCGAGUUCUUCCUGAAUGCAUUCCAGCCUCCGGCAAAGUUCAACAGUGAUGGUGACUUGAUUGAUGAAGAGGCUAGGAAAAGGUUGAAGGAAGUUCUUCUAUCGUUGAGGACUUUUACGAUGCAGCUUCAAGGCAAAAAUUGAAACAACUCUAAUUCUCAGAAAUUGUCGAAAUAAGCUUUGCAUUUCUGUCAUAAAUAUCAUUGUGUGAUGUGGUUUCCUCCAUGACAACAUGGAAAGGAUGAUAUGCAAUUACAAAAGUUAUUUGGAAUUUUUAUUUAUGUUGCCUUCUGUUUGGUUUCAA